AUGCUUGGUCUUGCAGCGCUUCCCACAAUGGAGGGUGUUCCAAGCGAGGAGCUCAUCCGGGUCAUCUGUACCAUCAUUGAGAAGGAGGAUGCCAACCUCCAUACUGAACUGGUGGCCAGCAUGCAGACGAAUGCCUUUUUUGCAGCCUUGGCCCUCGACCUUGCGGCUUGCGAGGAUGCUGACGAGACUGGCAGGGACCGGCGCGGCGACAGCCUCAUUGGCAAAGCCGUAGAAAUCCUGGCAUUUCACUCGCAGAGGGCGGCCGAGCAAAGUCUUCGAGAAGAGAUGGAGGUUCUCGCCCAAGUUCUCCUCGCCUUGGCGGUUCGUGUGCCAGAGGCGAAGAUCGAGCGCCUAGGGUUUGGACGCCUGGUGAGGGUGUACCAACGGGAGGUUGUUCGAAAAGCCGCCGACCUGGGUUCAGGCUUUUCCCGCUGCGCUGCCUACUGCACGGCAGCGGUUUGGCCGUGGAGGAAGGCAUGGCUGCAACCCUGGUUCCUCGAGGAGGUGCAGCGCUUCAGGGCGAGCCAGGGAGAGGUAGACGAUGAAGAGCCAGGGCUGUGGGAUUGGCUGGAUGUUUCGAUGACGCAGAGCACGCCGCAAGAAGGUCCCCCAACUGAGGGCCGCGACUUCUCUGUGGGAAUAGUGCCAUGGCCGGGCGGUGUAGCCUGGUACUUGCAGCCGCAGACGACGAUCAGCGAAGGAGCGCCGGAGUCGGCAUUGCUUCGCGCCUACGGGCCUGAAGUGCGGGUCAUGGGCUGGUCGUCGGGUGGUGAUGGCGCCGAGCAAGAGGCUAACAUCCCGGAGGAAUGA